AUAAAUCCGACCGCAUUAAUAACAAGGUAACAACGCGCGUUAGGUCAUCGUCGUAGUCGGUGCUGAUACUCUUGAAAUGUGCCAGUGCGCGCCCGUGUAGACGUUGUGAAUACUAGACCGACAUCAGUUCGUCGACGCUCAGCUGACAGCCGCGUGUAACCGACGUCGUCCGAACCCCGACAAAAAAAAAAAAACCAACAGACCGGUAUUGAAAAUGAUGUUCAAGUACAUGUGUUUGAUCCUGUUCGUCGCUUGGUAUCAGCUGGCCGACUGUCAUCCGGCCGGCACCGACGUCCAGUCAAUGGAUACCAUGAUAGAACAGGAGUCCAACGCCUUCCUGUCUGCUGAAGCAGAUGAUUCUAGUCACAAGACCGUCAGGGACAAGAGAACGAUCGGGUUCCUCAGGCAGCUAUUCCCGGGUCUGUCUCAGAUAGUCGACAGAAAGAUCCAACAGAUCACGCGACUCCUAUUCCGGGUGAUCGGCCGGCUGGUGCUCCGCGGUGGCGGAGGAGGCGGAGCGGGUGCGGCGGGCGGCGGAGCCACGGGCACCGGUGGCGACUCUUCUGGCGGCAACAGCGGUGGUCGGAGAAUAUCCAUUACCUUGCCAACGUACCCUCCGUCGACCGACGACGAAGAGGAAGAAGCGACCGAAACCGACAACGCUGGCGGUAGCACCACCGUCUUACCACAGCAGCCGUCGCCAUCAUCGUCCACGGUCGGCGCAGAGGCGGCAGUCAGCAGCGCCUCAGCUGCAACCGUCAUCGCCACCACCACCGCAGCCUCCGAGGUCGCGACCAGCACGUUCUCGCCACCCAUCACCACGCAGCAAAGCACGCCAUUGGACACGGAUAACCAACUGUCGACCGACUCGGCGGCGGUGAAGAAGAGAACGGCAAGGGAAGUGUCUUCCACCGAAGAGGCGACAAAAAAACAGCGGUCGGCUUCGCUAUCGGAUACCGACGUUUCCUCGGACGACGGUUCGGCGCUGGACGAUAAGGAAACCGAGGAAGACCCAAGAAACAAACGGUUCUUGUUCAACUUGAAAGGAGGGGGAGGCGGCGGAUCCGGAAAUUUCUUGUUCGAUUUAAUCCGAAGGGGAGCGGACAGAGCAGCUAGGGCUGCCGGUGGUUUCUACAGAGUGGUCGCAGGCACCGACCCAAACACAUUAACACUCAAACAGCCGAUUCAGUAUCCAUUGUUGGUGGCCGGUAGCGGAGCCACUCAAGACAGGGACGAGUCGAGCAACGCCGCCUUGGUGGAAGACGGUCAGGACUUGCACACGGACUCCACUACCAAAGAGGACGGAUACAGCGUCGGAGUGCCCGGGCCGUUGACCAGAAUAUUCGUCAUUGCCAACAGAGGUGUGGCCAACCUGAUCCAAGACCUGAUACUGCGAUUGGCCCAGACCACCGAACGGAUAGUGAACUUCAAGGCUAGAUUGAUUACAUCUCUGAUCUGAGCGCGGACAGCCCCGACGACUCCAGUGUAAUAAUUUAUUACCUACGUGCGACCCAAUUUUAGUCAUGACAAUUAUAUUAAACCUUAACGAAACAUAUUAUAUGUUGUAUACGUGCAUUACACACAAAACAAAAAAAAAAAAAAGGAAAGAAAAAAAGACAAAGUCAAAAACGAUAGCCGACAUUUAAUAAUUAAUGUAAUAUAUUAUCGCAACAAUAUAACAUAAUAUUAUUAUAUUAGGCGGACUGUAUAUUUAUGGCCAUCGUGUAAACUUUAAAAUUUAUGCGAAUGUAAAUUUCAUUUCAUUUUUCU